ACCACUUGUGUUUUAUAAAUAUGUACAAGUUCACGAUUGUCGUACUAGCUUUAGUCGCCGUAGCAGCGGCGUCGCCAGGAUACGGCAGCGGCGGCAGCCACGGCGGAGGAUUUGGACAACAAGGCCAGGGUGGAUUUGGCCAAGGUGGCCAAGGUGGAUUUGGCAGCCAAGGCGGCCAUAGUGGAUCCCACGGCCAACACGGCCAACAUGGCCAACAUGGUUCCCAGGGCCAGGGCGGAUUUGGCGGCCAAGGUGGAUUCGGCCAACAGCAUGGCGGAUUUGGCGGACAAGGUGGCCAACAUCAGGGCGGACACAGCGGCCAAUCUGGAUUCGGCCAUCAUCAGAGCGGACAUAGCGGCCAAGGUGGAUACGGCCAUGAAUAUGACAGCGACGAACAUUAA